UUCAUAAAAUGACACAUAAUAAAAGUUUAUUAAUAAUUACUUGGAGAUUGAAGAGCCAACACAUGAGUAAGAAAAAUAAAAGAACUCGUAUCAUCAACAUAUAUUUACUCUAAUAAAAAAGCUGGAAUAAGAUUGGAUAUAAUUAGUUUAUUUGUUUAAUGUUUUGGAGCAGGGAUCCUUGAUUUACAAUGUAUAAAAAUUAAUAGUACUUAAGAUAGAGCAAAUAAUAGGGUUAAAUAAUUGAAUUAUUGCUGAUUGCAUUUUGUACUCUAAUCUCAUGUAUAUCAAUGUAUAUUUUAAGUUAGAGUAAAGAUGAUAUAUAAUGUUGAUCUCUUAGUGAAUUCAUCAAAAUGACUUU